UCCGGCAAGAAUUAGGACCCUGCGGCUGUGUGUGCAGCUGCACGAGGUGAGGCCACGCCCCCAAGGCUGCCAAUAGCUGCAGAACGUGUGAGGAUCCGGACUGUGGCGCUCCAGCAGGGUCUCCGCUCUGCGCAGUGAUACGCACUGACAGAGCCGGCAGGGUGGCUCCAGUCUGACUGACGCCUGAGUGUGCCGGUGCGCUGCUGCUCCUCCCCCUUCUACAGCCCAAAUCACUCCGCAUGCACCGAGGCCGGAGGGACCAGCGCAGGGCAGCGGAGACACAGGACAUAUGGCCAGAACCUUGAGAGAUGUCUAAAUGUUUCCUUGAGACAUUUUCCUGGACUCCUUCUGAUAAAGAAUAAAUUGAAGAAGGUGUGCAAGAUUCCUUGACGCCUGCACUCGUUGCAUCUUUGGCCUCCAUCUUGGUUUGAUCUGUAGGUAAACACAGCAAAUCCAAUGCACGCCAGCACUCCCAUCAGCUCUUUGUUCUCCUUCACUAGCCCUGCUGUCAAAAGGCUGCUUGGCUGGAAGCAAGGGGACGAAGAAGAAAAAUGGGCAGAGAAAGCGGUGGACUCGCUUGUGAAGAAACUGAAGAAGAAGAAAGGGGCAAUGGAGGAACUAGAAAGGGCUUUAAGUUGUCCAGGGCAACCUAGUAAAUGUGUCACUAUCCCACGGUCAUUGGAUGGGAGGUUACAAGUGUCCCAUCGCAAAGGCCUCCCCCAUGUCAUCUAUUGCCGGGUUUGGAGGUGGCCUGAUCUGCAGUCUCAUCAUGAGCUGAAACCAAUGGAAUGCUGCGAGUUCCCUUUUGGGUCCAAGCAGAAGGACGUGUGCAUCAACCCCUACCAUUACCGGAGGGUGGAAACACCAGUGUUACCGCCGGUGCUUGUUCCAAGACACAGCGAGUUCAACCCACAGCUGAGCCUUCUAGCAAAGUUUCGAAACACCUCGCUGAAUAAUGAACCACUAAUGCCACACAAUGCAACUUUCCCGGAGUCUUUCCAGCAGCCCCCAUGCACUCCAUUCUCUUCCUCACCAAGUAACAUCUUCUCUCAGUCCCCGAACACAGUGGGCUAUCCAGAUUCUCCUAGGAGUUCCACUGACCCAGGAAGCCCCCCGUACCAGAUCACAGAGACGCCCCCUCCGCCAUAUAAUGCUCCAGACCUUCAAGGGAAUCAAAACAGACCAACUGCAGACCCAGCUGAAUGCCAGUUAGUUUUGUCAGCACUGAACAGAGACUUUCGCCCGGUUUGCUAUGAAGAGCCAUUGCAUUGGUGUUCUGUCGCUUAUUAUGAACUGAAUAAUCGAGUAGGGGAGACCUUCCAGGCCUCCGCACGCAGUGUCCUCAUCGACGGGUUCACGGACCCCUCCAAUAAUAAGAACAGGUUCUGCUUAGGACUUCUCUCAAAUGUCAACCGCAACUCCACUAUUGAAAACACCCGCAGACACAUUGGAAAGGGGGUCCAUCUUUACUACGUGGGCGGAGAGGUGUAUGCAGAAUGCGUGAGCGACAGCAGCAUUUUCGUACAGAGUCGCAACUGCAAUUACCAGCACGGCUUCCAUCCCUCCACUGUCUGCAAGAUCCCCAGUGGCUGCAGCCUGAAGAUCUUUAAUAACCAACUAUUUGCCCAGCUACUUUCCCAGUCCGUUAACCAAGGGUUCGAGGUGGUUUAUGAGCUGACGAAAAUGUGCACAAUUCGUAUGAGCUUUGUUAAAGGAUGGGGAGCAGAAUAUCACCGACAGGAUGUCACUAGCACCCCCUGCUGGAUUGAAAUCCAUCUACACGGGCCGCUUCAAUGGCUGGACAAGGUUCUGACACAGAUGGGUUCACCGCAUAAUCCAAUCUCUUCCGUAUCGUAAACUCUCCGCGGCCACACAACGCAGGCAAGGACACACCUGGGACUAGUUGCCCUUAUAUAAAAGAGCACAUAAUGCCAGUCACACGCCUCAGCAGAAAAAGGCACCCACAACCCAUAAUCUUUUCUGACUUUUAGGUAUCGGAUAUAUUCCAUAGAUAUAUAUAAACCACUUUCCUGUUCUUUUAACAGUCCAGGAAACAGUACCACCUUUUGGGUCAUAAGGAAUAGGGCUUAAUGGGGUGGGGCUUAAAGCAGGGAUGCCUGCUUGGUAGAAUGGGGUGUGUCCUGGGCAGGUCUGGGCGUGGCCAAGCAUGCCUUCUUUAGAUGAAUUAAAGGGGUACUAUUUAUAUUUAGAUGGCAUCACACAAGGGGCCUAGCUAAGCAGAGGGCUGAGGAUCCAGUAGUAUGGUAGUAUAGUCCCAUAGUAUUUCUAAUGAUGGUCCUGCCAUGAAAAAAAAAUUCCAAAUACACUCCAUUGAUUUACCCAUCAGCCCUUUAGAUCUGCGACUCUUCCUCCUGAAACUUAUAUGGUAUGUGGUUCGAUGACCCUUUUGUGGUCUGUUGUGAAGGGCUAUAUAAAUAAGUAAUAACUGCAUUACAUGGGCUUGGAUUAGGCUUCCCUACUUGAAAUGAAGGGAGAUGAUUGAGUCCUGCCCCUCCCCCACCAUAGCAUUUGCUUGCUGUGCUACACUUACACCCAUGGGUUAAGGGAAGGCUGAUAUCCAAACAAAGGUGCAGAACCCAUGUAUCUAAUUAGCAUUAUCAAUGUGCCCUUUUAUAGAAGAGCCAAUCAUCUUUAGGCCUUACUGUCGCCAUUUUUGUCAGCGGGUAGCCAUUGGCCGUGUACUGUACAUACAUGCAUUUCAGUAAUGUGUUUUUAGUGUAACGAUUAUGCUUUUUAUAUAUAUAUUGUACAUACUGUUUCUAUGGAGAGAGCACUUCACCAGUACUGACUAUAAGAAUAACAGGCGGAACGGAGUUUCGCUUUAUUUCUAACCAAUCGGUUCUCAGAUCCAGAAACAAAGUAGUCCGGCUCCAUGCACUUAAACAAGGUACAUUUUGGAAAAUGUAUGUGUUUUUAGUUUUUUUCUAAAUAAUUAUUUAAUUAUUUUUUGAUUAUUCCUUUCCCUUGCUGGUGCCGCCGGUCCCUGUAUUGCUCUAUAUUGCAUCGUUAGGGUAAAGAUUUUUUUGUAUGUUUUUUUGUAUAGUGAGCUAGAGAUAAAGACUGUCGUUCUGACAUAUAUACUGUAUAUAGGGAUCUUGCUGUUUCUGCAACUGCCAGCUUCUUGAAUCAGGAAUACACCCUGCCUCUCUGGUUCUGAAAGUCCAGUCACAAUCAUAAUGUUACAAAGAUUCCUGUAAAGCUGGAUAUAGACCAGAGUACCAGCCUGUCCCCUGCCCUCGAUAAUGGCAUGGACAGUUGGUUCUGAUUGGGCCUCUAAUGCUAUUCUUUACAGCGUUAUAUAUGUAUAUAAAUAUCUAUAAAUAUCUAGUGUUCCUGGCCAAGUAUUCCCUGUAUUGCCUCACUUGCUUCUGGUGUGUCAGCUCUCUGGGAUAUACUGUCAGAUGUUGAAUGCACUGCAUUAAUCAGUAAAUAAAGAAGUAACAUACAA